AUGCUGAAGGCCUUUGUUCAUUUUUUAGGACGAAUCCAAGGCUCUCAUAAAGAGUCUGGAAAAGAAAUUGGAAAAUCUCCUUUAUCACUGGAUAUGUGCUCGCAGUCAAAGGAUAUUUCUGUCAGGAUAGUUCAUGCCGGCGGGCGAGAGGAGUUAUAUCAACAUGCAGUUCCAGCAUCUCACUUGAUGGAAAAAUAUCCUGGGAUGUGUGUUGCCCGGCCAGAAGUUUUCAGAAAUCCACAAGAGUCCCUGUUAUGGCCAGAUGAGAAUUUGUUACCUGGUCACAAAUAUCUUUUAAUCCCAUCUACUACUGCUCAGAAAUUGAAACGCAAACAAAUGGAGAAGACAAAAGUCGCAGACUACGCUGGAAGUAAAAAUGAGAUGUCAGAUGUAAAUAUCACUUGGGAGGCAGGUAAAGACAUUACAGAGGAAUCUGUUUCUUCUGCAAAAGAAUUUUAUACCUCCAAGGGCAGGUGGUCAAGAGACUCGAAAUCUUCAGCAAAGAGGAGUUUUAGAGCAAGGAAGCCUUUUGUACCCCCUCACCCAAAGCCAAGGAUUUUGCGGGGACCAGGGUGGGAACCAAGCCUUACAUCUGUACAAGAACUCUCUCCAUGA